AUGUCCAAACGGUGCAAAUCAUCUCAUAUUCAAAACAACACUCAGCAAACGUUUCAAAACGUCAAUUUAGAUGACUUCACAGAUAUUCCAACAAUUUGCAGAGAACCACAACCUCAAUUAUCUCCUGUCACAUUCUCUAAUCUCACAGCCAUUAACAAAAGAACGAAGAAAGCUGCAAACAAACCACUAAAACUGGAUUUCUUGACCGGGCAUGUCAUUCUUAUUGGCGAUGAGGCUCCGCUAAAUGAGAAGGAUAGUUUUCCUAGUAAUGAGGAUGGGUUUCAAGCUAAAAAAGUACCCGUAUUGCCUAAAAGAAGGUACAGAGGUGUAAGACGACGGCCAUGGGGGAAGUUUGUUGCCGAGAUGAGGAAUCCGAAGAAGAAAGGUAAAAGAUUGUGGUUAGGGACCUAUGACACACCUGAAAAAGCCGCUUUGGCGUAUGAUCGAGCAGUUUUAAGCAUCUGGGUUCUCAUGCUUUGCUUAAUUUCCCGCAUAUGA